AUGAGGGUCCUCGCGCUCCUCCUCCUACUAUGGAUCUCUGCCGCCGCCACUGCAUCCCCUCCGCCGCUCGAGACCCUCGGCAUCCCUCCGCAAGAUGAGGCGUACUACAGGGGCGGCGUGAUCAAGUGCAGGGACGGAUCGGGCAAGUUCACCAGGGAUCAGCUCAACGACGACUUCUGCGACUGUCCCGACGGCACCGACGAGCCAGGGACAUCCGCGUGCCCGGAGGCGAAAUUCUACUGCAAGAAUGCCGGACAUUCUCCAAUCACCAUCUUCUCGUCGCGAGUGAAUGAUGGUAUAUGCGAUUGCUGUGACGGGAGUGAUGAAUAUGGUAGCAAUAGCACUUGCAAGAAUACAUGCUGGGAAGCUGGCAAGGCGGCGAGGGAGAAGUUAAAGAAGAAAGUAGCUACAUAUAAAAGUGGUGUCGUUAUUCGGAAUCAGGAAGUUGAAAAGGCCAAAUUGGCAAUUGCUAAAGAUGAAGCAGAGUUAACAAAACUAAAGGGUGAAGAGAAGAUACUCCAGGGGCUUGUCGACAAGCUCAAAGAGCAAAAGAGAUUAAUAGAAAAGGCAGAGGAAGAGGAGCGCCUAAUAAAAGAGAAGGAAGAAAAGAGAAUUAAAGAAGAAGCUGAAAAACAAGCGGCUGAGGAAAACAAAGCACCUGAUGCCUCUCAGGAAGCAGAUUCUCAGGACACUAAUGAGAAGGCACAAGAAGAUGAAAGCAAGGUAGUUGAACAUCAUGAUGGAGAUAUCACGGACCAUGACAAUCACUCACCAGAAGGCGAGACAUCUGUUGAAGUGCCUGACAUUAAAGCUGGGACUGGAGAUGACGAACCACCGGUGGAGACAUCUGCAGUACCUACCGAAGAGCAGGACCCUACUUCUGUCAACUCUGAAGGUUUGUCAAAGGCGGAAUUGGGUCGUCUGGUAGCUUCUCGCUGGACUGGAGAAAAUGUAGAUGAUGUUGGUAAAAGCGAUAAAAAGGGCCAUGAGGAUGAGCUGGAUAUUCCAGAACCUGCAGAAGAAGCAUUUGAAGAUGAGCAUGAUAUACCAGAACCCGUAGAAGAAAAUUAUGCCGGCUAUCAUUCAGAAGUUGAGGAUGAUAGGCACAAAUUUGAAGACGAAGAGUUGUCUAAUGUAUCAGAUGAUGAAUAUGUUGAUGAUCAUGAAGAACCUGAUGUGUCCUAUAAAUCUGAUGACGACCGGAAAGGUGAUGACCAUUCAGGUAUAGUGUGUUUAUAUGACAACAAUAAUUUCUAUUUAACUGCCUCAGGACAAGCAUCAUGGCUGGACAAGAUUCAGCAAACUGUACAGAAUGUUUUACAGAAAUUCAACUUUUUCAAGACCCCUGUUGAUUUAUCAGAGGCUGCUCAUGUUCGGAAGGAGUAUGAUGAUGCUAGCUCAAAGCUGUCCAAAAUUCAAUCUAGGAUAACCUCUCUGACAGAUAAGCUAAAGCAAGACUUUGGUAAGGAGAAGGAGUUCUAUUACUUUUAUGACCAGUGCUUUGAGGGCAAGGAGGGCAAGUAUGUUUACAAGGUCUGUCCAUACAAGAAAGCUUCACAGGUUGAAGGACACAGUUCCACUAACCUGGGGCGCUGGGACAAAUUUGAAGAAUCCUACAGGAUGAUGCGCUUUUCAAAUGGAGACAAAUGCUGGAAUGGCCCUGACCGAAGCCUAAAGGUCAGGCUUAGAUGUGGGCUGAGCAACAAGCUUAACGGUGUUGAUGAGCCCAGCAGAUGCGAGUAUGUCGCUGUGCUGUCAACUCCUGCAAUGUGUGUUGAAGAGAAGCUGAAGGAGCUGCAACAGAAACUCGACGCUGCGUCUUCAAACCUGUCCAGCCACGACGAGCUCUAA